UCGAGUACUCAUCCAAAUUCUUAGGUUUUCGUACUACCACGUACUGCAUCUGUAUAUAAGUACAUGCUUCUCAUCAUAAAUCUGGAGAGAGAUAGCUAGAGAGGAUUAAUAACUAAAGAUAGUAAUAAUGGGGAGAAGUGGAAGACAGGUGGAGCUGAAGGUGAUCGAGAACAAGAUCAGCAGGCAGGUUACCUUCUCGAAAAGGAGAUCCGGUUUGCAGAAGAAAGCUCGGGAGAUCUCUGUGCUCUGCGAUGCUCACGUUGCUUUCAUUGCCUUCUCUACCACCGGCAAGCUCUUCCAUUACUCUUCUCAUAUCAGCAUGGAAAAAAUCAUCGAAAGAUACCAACAACACAUCUACUCUCAUAAAAAUGUUGAUGCAGAUUGUCAGCCUAUGGAAAACCCGUUCCUCGACUAUAAAAAACUCAAGUCUCGAGCUCAAACUCUUCAAGCAAAUAUAAGGAAUUAUGAAGGACAGGAUUUGGAUCCACUUAGCUUGAGAGAGCUCCAGGAUUUGGAGCAACAGCUUGACAGUUCUCUUAUGCGAAUCCGAGCAAGGAAGAACCAACUCAUGCGCGAGACCAUUGGUGAUCUUCAAAGAAAGGAAAGAAACCUGCAGGGUCAGCACAACUCAUUAGCAAAGAAGCUCAAGGAGAAGGGAAAGGAGAAAACGCCGGAGGAGGAUCGAUGUCUCAUCGUACAGUUGGAACAAAAUCCCAUCUUCAUAAUUCCUCCCCCACCCCUACAACUAUACGACAUUCCUUGUCGUCUAACCAUCGGGCUUGACAAUGGCGGUUCACAAAAAAAACUUGGCAACCAAACACGGCCUGUGCAUCAUUCCUCCACCACCUCCAUCCACCCCUGGCUGCGUCUCACCAGAUAAUCUUGCAUUAUAUAUAUAUAUGCAUAAGUGUGUAUAUUGAAAUUUGCUGAUUCUAUCAUUUCUACUAUGUA